AUGGAAGCCCUUCCAACAUUGUGGCAGCUCGACACGCUCGGACGAGCUGUGAACUAUCUCAACAACCCUGCAAAUAAGCCUCUUCGUCUUCAGAACUUCAUCGAAAACCAAUUCCUUGAUUGUGCGCACACAUCGGAAUGGAUAGACUCGUUUGAUCCCCGCUCGGGCAAUCUCCUGGUGCAUGUACCUCGCAGUCCGCCCAACGUCGUCGAAUAUGCCAUCAAUGUCGCAUCUUGCGCCUUCCGUGCUUGGUCACAGACACCCACUCAGAUGCGGUCUGUCAUUCUGUUUCGCAUUGCCUCAAUCAUGGAGCAAAAGAAAGAAAUGUUUGCCAUCUGGGAAAGCAUUGACCAAGGCAAAUCUCUAGUUCGUGCACGGGGCGAAGUUGAGAGUUCCAUUAGACAUUUCCGAUUCUUUGCGAGAUACAUACUGCAAGAUGAAAGUGCGGUACGUCUGAACAAAGGCCGAAGGGAGUCGACUUUGGCGCACGAAAGUCGGGUGCCGGGUGGGGUCUAUGCCAUUGUCACUUCGUGGAACAUGCCGCUUUACCUUUUGUCUUCAAACAUUGCCCCCUGCCUCGCGUUCGGAUGCACAGGUGUGGCCAAGCCGAGCGAGUUGACCAGUAUGACGGCGUUCUUGCUCAGUGAAGUGCUCCGACAAGCUCGAGUACCACCUGGUGUUAUAAACAUCAUUUUCGGUGAUGGACCCGGCACUGGUUCGACCCUUAUCACCUCACCGCUUAUCCAAGGAGUUUCGUUCACUGGAGGGGCCAAAACAGGGAUUCAAAUUCGAAAGGACACUGCGGCCGACCUUCACAAGCGCUUGUCUCUAGAGCUCCGAGGCAGUAGCCCAAUCCUGGUGUUUGGGGAUGUCGAAGUCAACGAAGCAGUGUAUUCGGCAGCCUUCGCGGCGUUUGAAAGCAGUGGACAACUCUGCUUGAGCGGUUCUCUGAUCUACGUCCACCGAACGAUUUACAAGCAGUUUUUGUUCCGGCUCACGCAAUUUUUCCAAAAGGCUUACCGGAUGCAAAAGGAACUCGGCCCGGUUGUUUCUGCUGAGCAUUAUGCCAAGAUUAGAUCUCAGCUUGUACAGGCUGAUGAAGAACAUGCCAAUUUCGAGAUUGGCGAGAUACCUAACGAAGUUCCAGAGCAUGGUUUCUGGAUCAGUCCUACGGUCUUGAGCAACGUCCGUCCCGAUAGUCUCCUGGUACGCGAGGAGAUAUUUGGUCCUGUGGCCGUUGUCUGUCCAUUCGACUCAGACGAGGAGGUGGUCAAGCUCUGCAAUGACAACCCCAACAUAAUGGGAGCUGUUUUGCUGACCGAUGAUCUGCGCCGGUUGAGGCGAGUCGGAGAGCAUCUUAACGCAGGGCUGGUGUGGGGGCCCUGCUGGCUUGGGCGUGAGCUUGGGGCGGGGUUCAACGACCCCAGGGCGAUUGGCAUGGGGCGUGAAGGAGGUGUGCAUAGUCGGGAUGUGUUUACAAGACUGCGAGCGGUGCAUGUUCCUUCUUUCUAA